CUGAAGCACCAGGGGACGUGCUGAUAGGGGUGCUGAACCCAUAUCAUGUCACAGCUUUGCUUAAUAGAACAUGGCCGGAUAGGUUCAAGUGCACUGGUUUUGAUAUGGAGGCAUUUGUGCGGACCUUGGCUGUGAUCCACAAUAUUGAACAGAUCAAUGACUCUGGCUUUCUGCCUGGAGUUCGGCUGGGAUAUAUUGCUUGCGAUACCUGCUCUGAUGCCACCAAAGCAAUCCACAUCACUGAACGGCUGCUGUCUACCAAUGGCUCACUGCCCAUCCAAUGUGAUUACACUGACUAUCGGCCACCGGUUAAAGUCAUCCUUGGAGCUCGAUACUCAGAACAGUCGAUCCCUAUUGCCAGGCUACUGGGUUAUUACAUGGUCCCCCAGAUCAGCUGCACAUCCUCUGCACCAACGUUGAGCGACAAGGAUCGCCACCCAUCCUUCCUGAGUCCCAUACCCAGUGACGAGCACCAGACAUUGGCCCUGGUCAAGCUCAUAUCCCGCUUCAGUUGGGAUUGGAUCGGUGUGGUGUAUGGGGACGAUGACUACGGCAAUGCAGUCUUCAGGGAAUUCUUGUUCCAUGCAGAGAAGGCAGGGGUAUGCAUGGCCUUUCAUGCGGUUGUGCCACAUAAUUUGGGCCACAGCAAUGGUCAGAUCCAAGAGGUGGCUGAGCAUAUUCGCUCCUCCAGUGCCCAGGUGGUGCUGCUCAUCCUUAAGUCACAGCUGGUGAAGGAGCUCUUCCAGGAAAUGAUCCGCACCAACACUUCCCGAACAUGGAUCGCCAGUGACACCUGGUCUUUUUCCCGAAAUCUUGCUAGCAUGGAAGAAAUCAACAAAGUGGGCGACAUCUUUGGCUUCACCUUUGUCACUGGAGAGAACCCAGGAUUGAAACAGUACCUGCAGAAGCUGCAGCCUGGCCCGGGGGCAGUGAACCACUUCAUCCAAGAGUACAAGCAGCUGAGCCAACCUGAUGCUGACCCACAGCAGAUGGAUGAUGACUUCCUGAUUGAUAAUGUUGACCUGACCGAGACCUACAAUGAGAGACUGGCUUUGUUGACCAUAGCUCAUGCCCUAAAGAAACUCUUGAAGUGUAAUAACACUACUUGUGAAGGGGAAAAGAACUUCCAACCAUGGAAGCUUCUGGAAGAACUCAAAAAGGUCCAUUUUGAAUUAGAUGGUCGGCAGCUCUUCUUUGAUGAGACUUUAAACUUCAUGAAUGGCUAUGACCUGAUCAUGUGGGUAAAGGCUGGAGACAAGAGAGAACUCAAUGUGGUAGGAAGAUAUCGGCAGAGUGAUGGAGAAGUGGAGCUGAUUAAAGAACUCCAGUGGAUAAACACCGACAACAACACAGUCCCACAGUCCAGGUGCUCUAAGCCAUGUGCACCAGGUACAAUAAAGAAGGUUUUCAACAUUUCCUGCUGUUAUGACUGUACACAGUGCGAGGAAGGGACCUACACAGACAAAUGGAAUCAGAUUACCUGUCAAAAAUGUCCCAAUGGUACUUGGUCUCUGAGGGGGUGGAGCCAUUGUGAUGAAAGAACAGAGAUGUUUUAUAAGUGGGAGGAGCCUUAUGCCAUUGCCCUGGUAACUGCAGCAGGGGUGGGCAUUCUACUCCUGCUGGCCAUUCUAAUUGUCUUCCUGCUGCACCGAAAAACGCCUGCUGUGAAGAUAGCUGGUGGAAAACUGUGUUAUGUCAUGAUUGUUGGGCUGUCCAUAAGUUUUGGAAGUGUGGUGAUAUUUGUGGGCAAGCCUAAUGACCAUCUCUGCCGGAGCCGUCAGGCUAUGUAUGCCCUAGGCUUUACCCUCUGUGUCUCUUGUAUCCUGGUCCGGGCAUUCCGCACUUUCCUGGCCUUCCUGCUGGACCUGGACAGACAGUACCAACUCAAGAAGCUCUAUAAGCCCCUUGCUAUUGUCAUCCUAGUUACUGUAGGCCAAGGGCUCAUUUGCACCUUCUGGCUGAUUUUUGACUCCCCGCAGGUGAUAACAUUUGAACAAGGCUUGGAAGAGUGGCUACAGUGCACGGAGGGAAUGGGUGUUGGCUUUGCCAUCAUGCAUGGUUACAUUGGCCUCCUGGCCUUUGUCUGUUUCUUGCUGGCCUUCAAGGGCCGGAAGGUCCCGCAAGAUUUCAAUGAGACAGGCAACAUCAUUUUCAGCAUGCUCAUUUACCUGUUUGUGUGGGUGUGCUUCAUCCCAAUUUACAUCAGCAGGGACAAACUCAAUGAGCGCUCAAUCGUCCAGGCUUCUGCUGUCCUGGCCUCAAGCUAUGGCAUUAUCUUCUGUCACUUUGUGCCCAAGUGCUACAUUGCACUCUGUAGAAGGAAAAAGAAUGACAGAGCUGCGCUAGAGCGCAGAUUGCGAAUUUUUUCAAUUCAAUCUACAGUUUCUGUGUUUGACAUGUUAUCCCAGGAGUCUGGGCUAGGCACCAUGGAUGCUGUGAGCAUUGAUGACACCAUAGAUGCUGUGAACACAGAAGGCACCAUAGAGGCUGUGGGCAUUGAUGACACCAUAGAUGCUGUGAACACAGAAGGCACCAUAGAGGCUGUGGGCAUUGAUGACACCAUAGAUGCUGUUAACACAGAAGGCACCAUAGAGGCUGUGGGCAUUGAAGGCCCCGUAGAUGCUGAGAGCACUGAAGGUAUGACAGAGGCUCUGAGCACUGAAGACUUACACAGGGCUGGUCCAGGCUUUGUGGGACAAGCAGCCCUUCUUGGGAGCCGCGGUGGUGCAACAGGCUAAGAUGCAGCAGACUUGCGUUGCAGUUCACUGCAGUUGCACACCAAGGACCGGGGUUUCGAUUCCGUGGAGCGGCACAAUUGGCUCGCUGCUCCAGAGGGAGGGUGAGCGGAUCGCUGCUCACAACAGCACCCCGGGCACCUCGGAAUCACGGUCACGAGCUAGAGACGAGACGGCUUGAAGAAGGCAUGUAGAUCUCGGAUUGCGGCCGUGGGGUGGGGUAUCCCCCAGCUAACACUACUUGGAUUAGAUAGGGUACAAUUGGCUGCCAAAAAAAAAAAAAAAAAAAAAAAUCUGAAAUAAAAAAAGAAGCCCUUCUUGAAAUGAGUGCAACCCCUACAGAUCUAUUCCUGUUCCUCAGAGGACCAUCUCUCCAAUCUCACAGAAUUGGAGGUCAAAAUGCUUACCUGAAGGAGAGAAGCUGAGGUGGCAGAAGGACCAGAAGUCAAGGGAAGACUCCUUUGCAUGCUCUACUCUAGACACAUUGUCUAGAACAAAAUGUUGACCCAGUCCAUUCUGACUGUGGCUGGUACUGGGUGGCACAGAAGCGAAAACAUCACCAACUAGCACAAUGGCUACAUGCAUUUUGUAGGAAGUGCUUGUUAGUCAGAAUUUUCCAGAAUUAAUGGACGCUGUUGCAGCUGUGGGGAUGGGCCAGAAAUUACAUUCGUCAUUAUGAACUGAAAAAUAAACCCUUUUUUAAAAUUAAUUUUAGUACAGGUGACUUUUAUGUGCUUAUAUAUGUGCUGUUGUAGAGGUUUUUGUAACGAUACAUUUAACCUUAUACCCACAAAAUUAAACAGCGAGAAGUUGUAAUAUCUAUUUCCGUAUUAAACAUGUAUAUUUAUGUAAUCUCACAUUAAUAGUGCUGCAUGAAUGCACAAAGCUGUCUGUCCGACUUCAGGACCACUGUCAGGACAGCAGAAUCCCCCCCCUAUUUCGACGCAGAUUCAAAACACACCUUUUCGAACUCUACCUUAGUCCUCCCUCCUGAUUUCCCCCGCCUCCCCUUUCUGAUAUCACUCCUUGUCUAACCCAAAAAGAAUUGCACUUAUGAUGACGACUAUAUGUUUAGAACAGCAUUCCAUGUGUAUUUUCCUAGUUAUGUAUGUGAUGCUUUGACUUUGACCUAUGCACUUGUAAAUCGCUUUGGAUUAAAAGCGCCUGCCAAAUGACAAAAAUGUAAAUGUAAAUGUAAUGAACGUUUUAAAGUUAUACUCCACAAAAUGUAUGUGUAAACUGAAUGUGUUGCCCUUCACAAGGUGCUUUAACUCUUGGAUACAGUGUAUCCUACCCUUUGUUACAUAGUGUUCAGUUUUCUUUCAUCCCUGAAAUAUAAACAUUACAUUAAUGCAAAAUAAUUUCUACAGAUCACAUUAUUUGUUCAAAUUAAGUCAACUGUCAUAAAUACAUAUUUGUAUAUGUGGUAGGCACUGAAAUAUUCAACUGAUUUAGAUUUCCUUAUCCUGGACAACUGUAUAUACUUUGGUACAUAUCACCAGCAGUCUUUGUUAGACACCGCAGCAAAUGCUUCACUGUAAUUCAAUCCCUGUAUUUUUCAAUGUGGAUGGCAUCUGUAUUUUGUCAUCUAUGAUGU